CUGCAUUAUGUUCCUACCGGGAAUCAAUGGAGAAAGCUAGAAUCUUAUGACCCUUCAGGGUUCCCAGCUCCCAUUUCCACCUCCUCUCUGGUAUAUAACUGCAAAGGAGAAGUAAGAGGGGUUCGAGGUGGAACUCAGUUCGUUCUCCAUGGAACUCCAAAGCAGUAGUUCCAUGACAGCAGGUUAUAUAGUAUUUAGCUCGAAACUUUAUUUCGUUGGUGGAGUCCCUAUUAUGGAAAUUCCCUCUCAGGUUAUCGAGUCCACAGAUGUAAGUUUAAUAAAAUAUAUUAGAGAUAUGUCAAACUUAAUUUUGCAUCUGUGUUUGAAUGACAGUUUCCAAGUUUGCCACCUACGAGUUCAACCCAACAUCGGCAUAAUGGACUUUAUUACCAUUGCUCAGCUGAUACCGAGGGAGAAGAAUGUUGGUGUGAUCUCAAUAAUGUGGCCCGAAUGAAAAACGUUUCCAAAUACCGCGACUGAAAAGAUGCUUGUCAAUGGCCCUGCUACUGUUGGGGGAUCCAAGCUGGAGCAUUCAGGUUUCAG